AGGAUGAUAGCGUAAUGGUUGGUGUUAUAUGCAAUCUUUCAUGUUAUCUCUGCCGCCGAUAUCAAUUUGCUUUCAUUACAAUGUCCUCUGAUACUCAGGCUCAAAGAUAACUCAAUCCACCUCCGAGUCCGAGUCACAACCUCUCACACUCAAUAGCAGACAGCAAGGCCAAUAGUAAACGGCAGACACAAACGAACAACUGUAGCGCACCCCACAACUUCGCAAAGCCCAACUUGAACAGCACCAGAAGUCCACCACAACUCAUAUGUGGCAUGUGGGAAAUAUUGGCAGGACCGGGCAUGAACACCGACUCAGAAUCAUAAACUGACGCCUGUCGUUGCCUUGAGGAAUUCUCUUAUCUAGUAUCAUUUCUAUUGGAAACACUCAUACGCAAAUUCUAGCAGUAAUGUCUAGCAAUUCCUCGGACCACCCCCGCACGAGAUUGAACAACGAAUUACAGAGGAUUUAUGGUCCAUCUGCAUCUGACCAUGUCAGGUGGGAGGUCUAUCCGCAAGGUCCUCCCAACGCUUUAACAUGGUAUGCGACCAUCUACAUCGAUGAUCUGAAUUACAGCUACGCUUCGGCUCCCACCAGAGGUGCCGCUCAGGAUGCGGCUGCGCAGCAGGCUUGUGAAAAUUUGAAACGAGAUAGAUCUACCAGAAGCGACUUAUGAAUUACACCCAUCAAGCCUAAAGCAUGGCGACUUGAAUUCAGUACUGUACAUCUAUUGUACAUAGUUCUAUUCCUCAUACAUACAUUUUGCAACCACCGUGCAGUUGUAACACAGUGCUGCUCAUGUGAGCAAUGCGUUUGUGGAUCGAUCGACCGAUGUGUAUCAACUGCAGGUCAGUAGCGCGCCAUCGGUUUAC